AUGUAUAACGACCCACAUCGGACAGCCACAUACAAUGCCAAGUGGUUCGUAACCUACGACGCUGUGAUGCGGAACCCAUUCAGAACCAACAAGUGGAUGUACGCAGACGCCGGAUUUCUAGGCGCGGAGGGACCAACCGACGACAAAGGGGAGGAAUGGGGGAUGUUCAAGAACGGGUAUCUGGACACCGACAAGUUUGACAGAUCCAUCAAGCACAGCGGGGACACCGGCGUCGUAAUUGGCGAAUACAAACAUGACCGCGAAAGAGACAUCAACGAUGACUGUUGGACCAAACCCCGCCACGUGUGGAAGUGUAGACACUUCAUAGCCAAAGCGUGGUUCGGAAACUCGAUUGGCAUGUUGGAGUUCAGCGCUCGCUACAUGCAGACGAUAGAGGACAUGGACGCAAACGGUUGGUAUAUCGGGCGGGAGGAGUUCGUCCUCUCGCACGUGGCGAUACGAUACCCAAAUUUCUUGUUCAGCGUGCCCUACACUUCAGAGCCCAUGGAGCUGUAUUACCCGUUCUACGAUCCAUCCAAAGCCUACUGGUCAUAUUACGGCGGGAAGUCCAUGGUCGCCGCGCUCAACGACCCGCUGUCCACCCUGUUUUGCCCCAAUAACUAUAAGCCUAGGCAGCCGAAUCUUCCCUGGGGCCCGAAAGGAGAGUGA